GCCCAUGACAUGCGACUUCAAACCCGGGACAGCCGCCGCAGCUGGGAAAAAGAUUUCUGCUCUCAGAUUCUUGUUCCUAUCAUCACCCAUCUUGACGAGAAACUGCAGAAUGCCUUAAAAUUUUUGAUGGAAGACGAGAGAUUUGGGAGGGAUCCUCUGGUUCGUGAACUUAACGAGUUUGAUGAACAGGUGGAAGACUUGUCUCAGGGCGUCUGGCCUAUGUCCCGAUCUCUUUGGAAGUACAGACAGACUGUUACUGUAGAGGGCUUGAGUAGUUGUUUUCAAAGAGAAGUCCUUUCUAGUGGCGAACAGGAAUACAAAGUGUUGAACGCUUUUCUUAAACAGGAACACAAGUUACGCUUCGUUCGGUUUUUACCCGAUGUUGUUCGUCUCCAGCGUCUAUUGAUGGACAGAUUCCACCGUCGAAUUGACAAAACAGAAGCCGAAGACUAUACCAUCGGGGAUUUUCUCAAGCGCCUUCCUAAAGCCUAUGAUCCUGAGAUGGACCUGCUCCCCGUCAUCCUGGCACAUUGUAACUACUCUCUAGAGGUGGGACAGGAGACUUUAGUCCACUAUGAUUGGGCGGCUAUGGAGAGACCGUUGAUUGACAGGUUGUUAAGAGGAAGGCCUUUUGUCGAGUUUAAGUGCCGAGAUGACGCCGUGUUUUCCUCCCUCGCUGGAAAAAUUCCUCAAGAUCCUAUUUCCCGCUUCAUCGAGAGUCAGAUUAUUUUAGAUCUGCGGUCUUCAUUGUCUGAUGUCUGUGAUGUUAUGUCGUCACUGGAUAUUGCCAUUGGUUUUCUUGCCACAUCGGGGGGCCAGUCGGAGAAGCUUUUAAAAUGGUACUUACAUGAAGUUCUUAAGCUACCCAAAGAUCGAGGUCUUAAGAGUCCAACAGCAGAGCAACACUGCAACUUAUCCCAUACCUUGGCACUGUGGCGGCUUAUGGCUCUCGAGAGAGCAAAAAUCAAGUCAAGGAACAGACAGGAGCCUUUUGAGCAAUUGUCUGACGCUUUCAAGAAAAAGCUUACAUCACAAGAACAGGCCAGCCUAAGUGGUGUGUUGCAAGAAAUCGCCAUGGACAUAUUUCUGCCGCAGCUCCUGCAGAUUAUUCUUCUCAAUGUCCCAAAAGAUGGUGAAAAGAUUGCGACGAUGAGGUAAGACGGUCUAUUCCAAAUGUUCCAAUCUUUAAUUCGUAUUCGUUGGAACAGAAGGUUCUAACUAUGAACACGUUACUCCAUCUUGUUGUAAAUGUUUCUCUAAAUUUCCCCUUUUUAUUUAAAGUUCCUUUCGUAUUUUGUAAGCGAGCUGCUGGUUCAAGUCCAUCUUUGAUUUCUUUCAGCACUUGGAAUUUAAAAAGUGAAUUGGAAACUAUAAAAAUGAAGAUGGUUAAUUUUAAGCCUGGUAUUUAAGUAAAAGAGGAUGUUAUUCAGGGAGUGACACAGGCAUGCUCAAAGAUAAAAAU